AUGGCCCAAGCCGCAGAGGUGGCCAAAUGUCCCCCAGGGGAUGAAAGCAAGUCCUGUAUCCCUGAGCUCCCGCCACCAUACCAACUGGCACCCCAGCCCCUUCUGUACAAAGUGCAGAAGCCAAGGCAGCAAGCAGGUUCCCAGGUUUCUACCGUAGUUGUUGGCCACAGCGUGGGAAGAAGCUCUGGGGGAGCGCAGAGCUCCGAUCGCGGGCUCCUUGGGGGUAGCCGCAGUGGGGUGGGCAGAACGGGCCGGGUCCCCUCGCAGGAGCCCCGGAGGGACAGGCAGGUGUGUACGUGCCCGAGGACUCCGCGACUCCCCUGCCUUUGGGCCGGCGACCUCCCCAGCUCUCGAGCCGGCUCCCAGGGAGCGCUCGGCGGACCUUCGGAAACGCGGGGCGGGUCUGCGUUUGGACCAAGGCCCCUGUCCCUGGGAGCCGACAUGUGGGGGCCUGAGCUCUGGCUGCUGCUGCUGCUCCUGGCAUCGCUCACAGGCCAGUGCGUGGCCGGUGAGCUGGAAAGCGCGGACCUGGUGACUGUGGUGCUGGGUCAAGAUGCGAGGCUGCCCUGCUUCUACCGAGGCGACGCCAACGAACAGGUGGCGCAGGUGGCCUGGGCGCGCCGGGAUGGGAACGAGGGCCCGCGGGAGCUGGCGCUGCUGCACGCCCAGUACGGGCUGCACGUGAGCCCGGGCUACGAGGGCCGCGUGGAGCAGCCUCCGCCUCCGCGGAACCCCCUGGACGGUGCGGUGCUGCUGCGGAACGCGGUGCAGGCGGACGAGGGCGAGUACGAGUGCCGCGUGAGCACCUUCCCCGCCGGCAGCUUCCAGGCGCGGCUGCAGCUCCGCGUGCUGGUGCCUCCCCUACCCUCACUGAACCCUGGCCCCGCGCUGGAAGAGGGCCAGGGCCUGACACUGGCCGCCUCCUGCACAGCGGAGGGCAGCCCGGCCCCCACCGUGACCUGGGACACGGAGGUCAAGGGCACCACGUACAACCGCUCCUUCGCACACUCCCGCUCAGCCGCUGUCACUUCGGAGUUCCACCUGGUGCCCAGCCGCAGCAUGAACGGGCAGCCGCUCACCUGCGUGGUGUCCCACCCGGGCCUGCUGCAGGACCAGAGGAUCACCCACGUCCUCCAAGUGGCCUUCCUCGCCGAGGCCUCUGUGAGGGGCCUUGAAGACCAAAAGCUGUGGCAGGUGGGCAGAGAAGGUGCUACGCUCAAGUGCCUGAGCGAAGGGCAGCCCCCUCCCUCCUACAACUGGACCCGGCUGGACGGGCCUCUGCCCAGCGGGGUGCGUGUGGAAGGGGACACCCUGGGCUUCCCCCCGCUGGCCCUCGAGCACAGCGGUGUGUACGUCUGCCACGUCAGCAACGAGCUGUCCUCAAGGGACUCUCGGGUCACCGUGGAGGUUGUUGACCCAGAGGAGACCACGGGGAAGCAGGUGGACGUGGUGUCGGCCUCGGUGGUGGUGGUGGGCGUGAUCGCGGCGCUGCUCCUGUGCCUGCUGGUGGUGGUGGUGCUGCUGAUGUCGUUAUACCACCGGCGCAAGGCCCAGCAGAUGACCCAGAAAUUUGAGGAGGAACUGACCCUGACAAGGGAGAACUCCAUCCGGAGGAUGCAUUCCCACCACGGGGACCCCCGGAACCAGCCGGAGGAGGGUGUAGGGCUGAGAGCCGAGGGCCACCACGAUAGUCUCAAGGACAACAGUAGCUGCUCUGUGAUGAGCGAGGAGCCAGAGGGCCGCAGCUACUCCACGCUGACCACAGUGAGGGAGAUAGAGACGCAGACCGAGCUGCUGUCCCCGGGCUCCGAGAGGGCAGAGGAGGAGGAGGAUGGCGACGAAGGCAUCAAGCAGGCCAUGAGCCACUUCGUACAGGAGAAUGGGACGCUGAGGGCCAAGCCCACGGGCAACGGCAUCUACAUCAACGGGCGGGGGCACCUGGUCUGACCCAGGCCCGCCUCCGCAAGCCCGGCCUCCUGCCGACGUGGGGGCUGUCCACUCUCUCGGACCCCCACACCCCACGGACUGCUCGACCUUUUGCUCCGGCCCCUGCGUCCGAUGCCGGGACGGCCCGUUGGCUGGGUCCCUGCACCGUGCGUGCAGGUCACUGAGUGAGUGUGAGUGUCAGUGUGAGUGUGCGUGUGAGUGUUGGCUGGGGGCGUGCGUGGAGGGGUGGCCGUGUCCGGGACUCCGUGCAGAGAGUGCCGUGUGUGUGGCUGUGAGACCUCCACCUGCGAACGCGGGUGUUCGCUUCAGACCCAAGAGCAGUAUUAGUGACGCGGAGGCUGGAGGCGAGAGGUGGGGGCGGCAGGCACUUCCAGGUGUGCGGGCGCAGCUGGAGCUGGAACCUGGCCUCCUGCGUCGGGAGCUGGGCUCCCACACUGGGCACCAGAGGGCGAGUGCGGAGCCACGGCCUGGGGUCCGCGAGACUCCAGCUGGUACAGAAGAAGCCCUUUGCCCUCUGGUGGCCUCAGGGCCUGCUGCAUGGACAUACUUUCUUUAAGGACUAAAGCUCUGAACCCUUCGAGAAGAAAAAGACUUAAAGAGACUUUUGAUUGGUAUGAAGUCACUUCCGCUUCAAGUGAGGCCAGUUUGUUUGGGAGCCGGGCACAGCCCAGAGCCCAGGACUGACUUCCUGUGGGUCUGAGAGAGGCUCCUUCUCCAGCAUCUGAGCCCAGGCGGCCUCUCGGGAGGGAGCCUGGAGCUGGUGGGGUCGGAGGGUGUCCGCCUGGGCUGUGACUUCAGGGGCAGGGUCCGCCCUCGGUCCCCUGGGCUCCUGUUUUCUUCGCCGUGUCCACAGUGGCCUGUGCCCCUAUGGGCAGUUGUUGGGACUUGGUGCUGAGGGUUCCUGGUUUGGUUGUUGGGGAAAGAGGGUGGGGGUCCAGGGUACUCGAUGGAGCUGCAGGGGCAAGACUGUCUCCGUCCCCAGGGCCUUGGGGCCACCUCCUCGGGGCUUUUCUGGCCACGUCUCUGGGUGGAGGCUGAGUGGGGAUGGGGCCUGUUCGUACCUGGUCCUCCCAGACACACUCGGCCCAAAUCCCUCGGCCGGGCGCCCAAACCCCGCCUGGCCUCACGCCUCCUGGGUCUCUGAACAGAGGAGAGACUCCCCGCCCUGCCCCCCAGGCAGCCCAGGACCCUGGAUCUGGCUUCCUCGUAUGUACAUUCCAUGUAAAUAUGUGCACAUUUGUACAUAGAAAGCGAUCUUCUGUUUUUAAAUAAACAGAUAGAAAACUC